UGCUCUUGACUUGAAGACAACUUUCUUCAAGCUUCUACUAACUACAAGCUUCAAACUUUACCCUACCUUGUACUCUCAAUUAAGACUCUCCGGGCUGCGUUAGCGUUAAUCUACGCCAUCAAUGAAUCCGCCAGUCUCACCACUAAAGAGGCAAAAAACCUUAUGGCAUCCCAAGUCCUUCAAGGACCUCGAUGCCAUAAACAAUCCGAAUGAUGUUUUGUACGUCAAAGAUAAUCGGAGAGUGGUCAGAAUAGGGCCGGGAGUUCUCAUAAAGUCUGGUGGGAGUGACUUCGGAGAGGAAGUUCUCUGUUCUCGCUUCGCUCGCGAAGAACUGUCCCUCCCCGUUCCUCGUAUCUUGCAUUAUCCCGGUUCCGCUCGCCGAAGAUUCGUCUGGAAUAUGUCUACCCUUGCCAUGCUCACGAACGACAGACUCCGCGGUGUAUGGUACAUCUCUAUGGAGGAGGUUCCUGGGGUGUCUCUGGAUAAGGUUGUUGAUACUUUACCAGAGGAGCAGUUGGAACGCAUUGGUCUCCAACUCCGAGGAUACGUGAAAAGGAUGCAGAGCGUUCGAGGUCGCGCCCUUGGAUCCAUCACAGGAAAGCCGUAUCGGACAUUCCCUGUCUCGCCUUUCUACCAACCUCGGGAAACGUUUGAAAACUUUGCGGACUUCCGCGAAUACCUAUGUGCUCUGUUGGUUUUGUGCGAUUGCAUGUCUGAAGAAGACAUGGAUCGGUUAUUUUAUGCCUUCCCUCGAAACGCCUCAAUACGCUUUGCUCACGCCGAUCUGCUGCCGAAGAAUAUAAUGGUCGACGGAUCCGCCGUGACUGGUAUAAUCGACUGGGCCUCUGCUGGAUUCUAUCCGGAUUUCUGGGACUAUUGUCGUAUGCACGACCCAGAGUUCAUGACGCCCGGUUGGGACAAAAUGCUCAGGACUAUAUUUCCAGGUGAACGACGACAGGCUGAGAUCCACGCGGUCGCAACUAUCGUGCACUCUCUCGUCACCUACAUUUGACAAAAUUUGCAUGUCAUGUUGUCGCUGUUACCACAUGACUUCAACUUUCCUGUCUGACGUUUGCGAAGUCUUCCAUGUAAUUCCGCACUCUUUCCCAAUAUCCCCAUUUAAUAAUCUUUAACUUUAUCUUGCAUACCUCAGGGCUUCAUAGGCAAACCAGGAAAGGCCGGUGCACUGUAAAUACGUAUCUAAUCAGGAGGAGGGUAAUGAAGAUGUUUAUUUGAAUGAGUCUUUCUAGGUAUGAGACGAAGUGGUACCCUCUCUGAAGUGCAAAGCGGAUCUGUAGCUUACAGUACGUGGAAACAAUUAGAAAGAAAUCGGACGAGGUGACCUUCCUUUUAUGGAAUCAC